UAGCUGCCCAGUAGGAGCACCUGAUACUUGUUCAAUUCGGUUGAUCGUCUGGUUCGCAGUCAAGUGCUGUCUUUUGUGCCGUUUGGGCGGGCGUUUCCCUUUAGUGCCUUUGGAACAGGAGAACAUUCCACCCCCUCCCGUCAUUACACGCAGCCUCUGUCACGUAUCUUUGCAGAUACCGGAAGAUCCCUCUGGGCAGGGAGCUCGCUCCCAGCAAGAUGACUGUGGCAAUCUUUGCAAACUGUGUGUUCUUUCUUAAAGUGAAACACUUACCCAUUCAGGAGAAGAAUAGACUGAGAACAUGCAUUAAAGAAAAUGGUGGAAUAAUUUAUUUUGUGCUAAAUCAUGAGUGUACACAUGUCAUUGUGGAUAAUGUUGCUGUACUCCGCUCUUAUCAUCUGAAAACUAUUGAGAAGUAUCGACUCCCCAUUGUAAGUGCCGAUUUUGUGUGGAAAUCAGCUGAAGAAGGAAAACUUUUACCGAUUGACUAUGAGUCUAGUAAAUCAUUGGAAGGUAGUUCUGACCAAAAGCCAAGCCAUUACGGUGAGAAAAACCACUCAUCUUCUGAGCGUGACAUUAAAGAGAAACAGGAUGCCACUGAGAAGAAUGAAAACUGUGGCCCUGAUCACACUCCCUUGGAAGUCAGUGAGAGCUCCGUUGGGCCCAAUAUGGAGAGCAUCAGAUUUUAUACAGAAAAUGAUCAAGAUAUUCCUUAUUUUCCACAAUAUUUUGAAGUUGCAAAAUAUGAUGCCCUUGAAAAAAUUAGUACUGAGAAAGGCAAACAAGUUGUAGUUAUUGAAUUGCAGUGUUCCCAGGAAUCGUGUGAGUUUCCCUUUCGAAUAUCUGCACACUUCAGCAUGUCAGAUGGAUUCAAGAGUAAAAAACAGUUCAUUGCAACUAAGACUUCUGAAGAAAUAAGAGAAAAUUAUGAGAUUUAUGUUGAAGAUUUGAAGAACCAGGAUUUUCUAUUAAGAGAAACCUUUCCACCUGGUGCAGAAUAUUUAGCCUCUAUGAAAUUACAAGAGCUACUUCUAGAGGAAGCCAUAAAUUCAAGCACUUUAUCCCAAGAAAUUAGUGCUUUUGUGGAACUGAUCUGGGCAGAAGCACUUGGUCAUUUGGACCAUUUACUACUUGAACCAGUAAACAACAUCAGCCUAAAUGAUGUGAGCAAAGGGGAAGGUAUUCUACUUCAAAUAAAGAAUGCAAUGAAUGAGGGAACAGCAGCAAAGGCACUGAAAGCGAUGAUGAUGGAGUUCUAUCGAAUUAUACGUCACAAAAAUGGAAUAGACUAUAAUAUUACCAAAAAACUGUUAUCUAGCAAACAGGACCUCUGUCAGCUAAUCAGAGACAUGCUUAAUGUUUGCGAAACAAGUACGUCAAGCCCUAACCCACCAUCUCUUGCUAAAUACCGGGCUUUAAGGUGCAAGAUACAAGCUAUCAAUCCAAACAGUGAAGAAUUUCUCAAUGUUAAACAGCAGGUGUUGAAAAAUAAUCACAGUGACUGUCCAGUGAAAGUUUUACAAAUAUACAGAGUUGGCAGAAUAAGUGAAACAGCAGAGUUUCUGAGCAAUCUUGGGAAUGUUCAAUCCUUAUUCCACGCAUCAUCUGUGCGCAACUUCGUUGGAAUUCUCUCCCGAGGUCUCCUUUUACCAAAGAUAGUGGUUGAAGAUCAUGGCAUGGAAAGAACUGAUUUUGGGAAGCUGGGGAGUGGCAUUUAUUUCAGUGAUUCUAUCAGUACAAGCACUAAGUAUUCUCCACCAAGUGAAAUGGAUGGAACUCGACUGUUGGCUGUGUGUAAUGUGGCACUUGGAACCUGCUUGGAUUUGUAUAAAAAAGAUUUGUCAUUGACUAAUGCGCCAGCAGGAUAUGACAGCGUGCAUGGAGUCCGUAAAAGAGGAAACAUCUAUUCAGAUUUUGAGGAUGAUGAAUUUGUUGUAUACAAAACCUGUCAGGUUAAAAUGAGAUACAUUGUUAAGUUUUGCCUUGCUGGAGACCAAGUAAAGCAGUUUCAGCCUGGAACUGAGACAGAAUUAGAGCAAGAUUGGCCAGCGACCUCACAUUGUCAUUUACAACCCGAAGACUAUGCAUUACCAAGUGUAAAUCUUUUAAACCAUGUAAAAACUGGUCUUCAGGACACAUCUGGAAACCCAGUCCCUCUUGAAGAUAUUCAUAUCAAGGGGAGGAUAAUAGACUUCAUAGCACAGAUAGUAGUGUUUCAGACAUACACCAAUCAGAACAAUAGUUCCAUUGAGGCAAAAUAUGUCUUUCCUUUGGAUGGCACAGCGGCUGUAUGUGGAUUUGAGGCUUUCAUCAAUGGGAAACAUAUUGUUGGAAAGGUUAAAGAAAAGGCACAAGCACAUAAGGAAUAUAGAGAAGCAAUCAGUCGAGGUGAUGGAGCUUACUUGAUGGACCAGGAUGCCCCAGAUGUUUUUACUGUAAGUGUUGGAAACUUACCACCUAAAACCACAGUUCUUAUCAAAGUCACCUACAUCACUGAGCUGAGUUUUCAGAACGGCUGUAUUACUUUUCAAAUGCCUGCGGCUGUGGCGCCUUGGCAACAAGACAAAGCCUUAAAUGAAAACACACAGGAUACAGUAAAGAAGGUUUGUGUUAAACAAAUAGGAACAAAAAAGGGUGGAUUCUGUGUGGCCAUGUCUAUUGAAAUGCCAUACAGCAUUGAACGCAUUCAUAGUUGGACGCACACACUUAAAAUAAAGAAAACAGACUGCAAAGCCGUAAUCAGGACUGUGGACAAUAGUUCCUUGGACAUCUGUGGCUUUGCUCUAGAAAUCUGGAUUUCUCAAGUAUAUCUUCCCAGAAUGUGGGUAGAGAAGCAUCCAAACAAAGAGAGUGAGGCAUGCAUGCUUGUAUUUCAACCAAAGUUUGAAACAAGGUUUAAAGGAAUCCAACUGUCCGGAGAAAUUAUUAUUUGUCUAGAUUGCUCCAAUUCCAUGGAGGGUUCAACACUGCAACAAGCAAAGCAGAUUGCUGUCCAUGUUCUACAAAUGUCUUGUUUUGGACAGAGAGUGAAUGUUAUCAGAUUUGGCACGAAUUUUACAGAAUUUUCUUCAUAUUCAAAGAAUAUCAAAAGUGAUCUUGCAGAAGUGAAGGAGUUUAUUAUAUCUGCUACACCAACAAUGGGAAAUACUGACUUAUGGAAAACCUUACGUUAUUUAAGUUUGUUGUAUCCUUCUCAAAGAGAGCGUAACAUUCUUCUUCUAUCCGAUGGGCACAUUCAGAAUGAGAGCAUGACCUUCCAAAUUGUGAAAGAGAAUGUCAGACACACCAGGUUAUUUACAUGUGGUGUUGGUUCCACAGCAAAUCAUCACAUGCUGAGAUCUUUGUCUCAAUAUGGUGCUGGAGCAUAUGAAUAUUUUGACCCAAAAUCGAAGUAUAACUGGCUAAAAAAGAUAGAAAGCCAGACAUCCAGAAUAUUUUCUCCAGGAUGCAGUUCUGUCUCUAUUAAAUGGCAACAGUUUGACUCAAAUGCACCAGAGCCAUUGCAGGCUCCUGCUCAAAUACAGUCUUUAUUUAACAAUGAAAGACUUCUUGUCUAUGGAUUUAUCCCACGUUGUACUCAGGCCACCUUAAAUGCACUAAUAAAUGACCAAGAAUUGCAAGCAAUGGUAUCAACCACUGAAUUACAGAAGACAACAGGAACACUACUCCACAAACUCACAGCAAGAGCCCUCAUUAGGGAUUAUGAAGAUGGGAUACUUCAUGAAAAUGAAACAGAACAUGAGAUGAAGAAACACACUUUGAAAGUCCUGAUUAUUAACCUCAGCGUGGAGCACUCCAUCAUAACCCAGUUUACAAGCUUUGUGGCAGUAGAAAAAAGGGAUGUUAAUGAAGUUCAGCAUGCUGGCCUUCCAAACAUUCUUGAACUUAUAGCUGAGGAAGAUAUAGACUUUUUACCCUACAUGGACUGGGAGCAUGAUACAUCUGGACAUGGAUACGUGUUUUCUAAUAGAGGAGUGGGAUUUGGCAGAUGUAAAUUGACCUCUUACUGUGCUGAUGAACCAGGCGGUGCCCUGACCCCAGAGGAGACCGAGUCCAGGGAGGAGCUGCUGAUGGCUAGCUACUUCGGGGAGACGGAUGACACCUACAGAGCCAAGGUUGUAUUUCCCCAGACCACCACUGCUGCUUUCCUGUCUGGCCAGCUGGUGGGGACAGGGGAUAUCCCUGACAGUGCACAGAGAUUAGAAGGCAUGGUCCUACCAACAGCAGCCUCUAGCAGGCCGAAGAGAGACACUGCAGUGCUGGCUCUGCCUGGCUGGCAAGGAGCUGACACCAGGAUCCGCUAUUCGGAAAAUGAGCAGGAUGCUAAUGAAGUUCAGCAUGCUGGUCUUCCAAACAUUCCUAUGGCUCCAGAACGUUUAGACAUUUUACCCUACAUGGACUGGGAGCAUGAUACAUCUGGAUAUGGAUACCUGUUUUCUAAUAGAGGAAUGGGUGAAUCGAUCAUGUCCACAGUGGGGGUACCAUCAUGGACAGUAUGAGCAACGCACUGUGGGUACCUGUCCCACAGUCCUUCUGUUGCUGGGUAUUGUGGAACGACGGAGCGGAUCACGGCGCAUGUUGGGACAGUGUUAAAUGUCCCAUGAUGUAUUGCUUUCUGUCCCGGCACUCCAUGGGCUUCCGCCUAUUUUGUGUUUUUUCAACGGCCCUUCUUUGCUGUGCACCCUAGCAUCUUUGUGAGAAGGGAUGGAUCCCGCACUGCUCUCCUAUACUCUGUUAACUGUUAUGAAGACAUUGCGGAUGUCAGUGCAGUUAAUUGGAAAGUUUCUAACUGAGGAAGACUCACAGGUGCCUUAUAUUCUGCAUGAUAUGGAUAGGAGCAACUUUAGAUUGCUUUUAGCAUUCACUGAGCAGGUGCAUAGGAUAGACCGUCGCUUUUGAGCUCGUAAAACAAGCACUGAAUGAUAGGAUCACAUCGUCAUGCAGGUGUGGGAUGACGAGCAGUGGCUACAGAAUUUUCAGAUGCAGAAAGCCACCUUCCUGGAACUGUGCGCAGCGCUCGUCCCAGACCUGCGGCUCAAGGACACCAGAAUGAGAGCUGCCCUCUUGGUAGAGAAGCGUGUGACAAUUGCUGUGUGGAAGCUGGCAACUCCAGACUGCCACCAGUCGGUCAUGAAUAAAUUUGGAGUGGGGACGUCGACCUUUGGGGCUGCGUUAAUGCAAGUGUGCAGAGCAAUAAAUCGCAUCCUGCUACGAAGGACCGUGACUCUG